AUGGAAGAGGAAACUUCUUUUUUAAAAAGUGCGGUCGCAGAACCAUGUGAUGAGCAGCUAUGCGUUGAGAUUCCUUCCGAUGGGGGAGGGGAUACCCAUCAGGGCGAUUUUGUGGACAUAGCAUCUGAGGGAGGUACCCCCAGGAGCAACGAUAAGGAAUACUUUCAUGGGAAGGCCCACCAAGGCAAUUUUAGCGCAGCCGUUAACCUCUACGGGGGUGACUCGGACAGGAAUGUAGAGACACGUUUCCCACAAUCUGCAUGCGCAACGGAAAAGAAUAAUCCAAACGAUGGGGAGGACAAACGUGGAACGGGUAGCAGCACCGGGAGAGGCACCCAUCACAGGAGAGGCUCCCAUCACAAGAGGGACCUCCUGCUCAUCAACAUAUAUCUUAGCCCAGAGAAUGACACUUCCGCUAUGAACUCCCAAAACAAUGACGUGAAGAAAAUCCUAAGUUUGGUUAAACAACUGCUGAUGAGGAGAAACUGCGCAGAACGGUCGGCCCUGAUUAGCUACGGAAAUGAGUUAACAGGGAGGUAUUACCACAUAAGCAAUAAUGAGAAGCUACUGGACGUUUUAAAAAAGGAGGACAUCAGGAAAAAGAAUGAAAUUUCAUUCGACUAUAUACGAGUUGGAAAGGAGACAGAAAAAUAUGGCAGCUGUGGUGAGCUGAAGCGGAAUGGGGAGGUUGCAGACGAACGAGGAAAAUGCAAACUUUUGACGAAUGAAAGGUGCGAUUCUUUCACCCUUGUGGAAGGGGAUCACCUCAAUCGUGGAGGGGGCAAUUACCUGAGACAGUUGCAGCCGGGCCUGUUGGGACUAAUCGGGGAGAAGCCCCAAACGGUCGACUUAGAAGAGCAAAGCAGAAAAGAUGGCGACGAAUCGGAGAACGCUUGGGACUUCUUGAAGAGGCCAGCAGACAGGGAUGAGACGUGUGGAGGGACAAGCCGAAAUGGAAAUGGCCACUCCGCAUACGCGUUUGAAUUGGAUACACCGCGCGACGUUAAUCUUCUGUUUAAGGAAAAACAGCAACGGGGUGAUGGCAACUCUUUUGGCUACUUUCAAAUGGGGGGCCCACAGAGGGGAAGUGAUGGCCAGGGAAUAACCCAACGAGGGGGGGAAGUGGAUGAAGCGAACCGUGCAGGUGAUACGAAGGAAACCGAAGUGAUGUGCCAAACGCAUCGGGCGGACCCCAUGUGUGAAGAGGAAGAGGCUAGAAAAGGUAUGACGCCGCAGAACCAAACCAACUGCGUCGAAAAGGCAAACGAGUGCACACUUACUGGGUUAAAAAUAAAUGAGCGGUUCACACCCAUGGAAGGUACACUUCACCGAAAGGACAACACAUCGGACAAACAGAGUAGAAGCAAAAAUGAUGUGGAGAUUUUCCGAGAAGGAAGAAACACCGACGUUAGGGUAAAGACCUCUAGUGAGGUACCGUGCGCCAAGGAGUUAAGCACCGCUGCGAGGAAGAGUGGCAGGAAAAAGGGAACGCAGCUACGAAGAGGACGCAGAAAAAAUGCCCCCACGGAGAGGGGAGGAAUUACGAAGGGGGUAGAAAGAGGGAGAAAGGAGGGAAGCGUGGACAGUUCGGAAAAAGUGUCAAAUGAAGAAAAAGUGUCGAAUGAGGAAAUGGGAAAAAUGGAGGAGACGAUCCCAAGUGGGGAAAACGAGAAGGUCAGACACAAACGGUUAAGCGGAGACUGCACAGCGUGCGCCCUUUUUUACAAAAUAAAAAAGGGGUGCAUAUAUGCAGACGCUUGCCAGUUGAUCCACAGUGGAGAGAAGCAGAGCGCCCCCCGAAGGAAGAGCAAAAGGGGCAAGAGGAAAACGAACAGAAAGAAUGAUCCAAACAUCAAGGACAAAUGGAGCAGAGAAGGUCCCCCCCAUGGCUCCGCUUCCAACAGGAUAAGCACGUCUAGUAACGAUUCCGCUAAAUGUACCAGCACGAACAUUAUAAAUAGGGCCCUCACGAACCGCUUAAAGUCGGACGACAACGAGGAGUUAAUCUCCUACAUUCUGGAGACGAUUAAAAGAGAGGAGAGUGCGAACAAUUUGAAGAUUAGAAAGGAGGGCGGUGAGGAGAAUGGCAGCGGGGGAAAGGCGCACGUGAAAAGUGGGAGUGAUGGGGGCGCCCCACGGGAAUGCAACACCGACAGAGGGGACCACGCCAAGCGGAGCAGCAUCAACGGAGGAGACACAAGCAGAUGCGAAAGUGUAACCAAAAAGGAAAAACAACAAACGCGCAGCGGAAAUGCGUCACACGGUUCAUUAGCCGGUGUCCGUAAAGCUAACGAAGAAGAAUUUCCAACGCACAGUGGUUAUGCCCUUUUUCCCCACCAAACAGAUAGAAACCAUCCGAAGUGCCACUCUUUUGGAGUUCCCCUUUCGCGCGAUGAAGAGGAGAAAGAUGGGAUGAAAAAGGGAGUAACUGGAAAUACAUGUGAAGGGUAUCACCCAGGAGGCAACUUGAACAACACUGUGAUGUGUAACUGGUUAAAGGUGGUGCAAAAAAUGGGGAAGGGGGUCGACAGGGGCCAUUGCGAAGCAUACGAGGGGAUAAAAUUGCCACCAAAUGUUGAAGAAGAGGAGCAACCGCAGCAGAGACGAGAAGAGCAUUUUACGAAAACGCACAGGAGAGCUACCACCGCUAUGAAGAACAAAAUGAAAAACGUCCCCUCCACAAAUACACACGAUGAGGGGGUCCAAACUGAGGGGGGAGGGCAUCUCAGGGGAAAUUCUGACCUCUUCAAAAAGGGGUGUACCCAUUACAUCGACAUUCCAAGUGGUGCAUAUGGCCAACUGGGAAAAUUCUUCCAGAAAAGGAAAAACGAAACGGAGGUAGAUCCUAAAGUAGCGAGUGUAAAGAAUAUACACACCGACAGGUGCAGCUACCAUGUGGGUGAAAACUCCAACCAGGGAAUGCUCAAUCAAUUGAAUUUAACAAAAGAUCCUAAAAUUGGAAAGGAGGACGAAAGGGGGGUAAAUAUCUACUCGCAAAUGAUGGGGAACGAUUCUCAUAAGUGUAUUUACAGAGCUCCCCAAAAUGACAAAUCGAUGGAACCGCUUCUUCCGAGGGUAGUGAAGGCACAAACGGAGACAGAAGCGGAGAUGAAAUUUCUGCACAGUAGAGGAAAAGGCAGAAAUGUGCUUCCCAAGAUUCAACAGAAUAGGAGCCAUCUACCUAUGAAUGCGUGGAGGAAUAGGAUGGUCCAUUUUAAGGACCGAUGCGAUAACCCUAGUUGUUAUUACACUUUGGGGGGCCUACACCAGGGGAAGGAAAACGUGGCCAGCAACAUCCACGCGAAUUACAGGAGGGGGAUUUACCCCGGUGCACAUACGUUUGGCAGUCUCCACAAAAUCGGUAUGACCGCUCCAGUGGGAGAGCUACUCAAAAGGGAAAGCUACACAUAUGAUGAGUUUUCCAGUGAGGGUAACAGAACAAACUAUGCGUUUUUGCAAACGUCUAAUGUGAAUGCAAAGCAGAUUGACACGCUCGGGGAAGACAAACAGAACGGUAGCAGUGGUUUUAACUCCGCCUUUAACACAAAAGGUACCUCCAACGGUGGGGUGCACCAAUGUAGAAGGAAUUUCCAUCAAGGCGGUUCGCAGCAGAGCGGUUUAUAUCAGGGCAGCGCGCAUCACCGCAAGGGGAACCACUCCAGUGACUACACAAUGCGCUACCACCGGGCAGUUACCCCACCUGCAAAGGAAAACGAAAAUGAGGACAGCUUGGUUGGGAAGCCCUUCCUGCAGAGAGGAGACCCUCCAGAAAGGUGCCUCCGAAGAGAGAGAAAGGAAUUUAUCUUUAGCAAAAAGAGCAGCCCACAUAGGACCGCACAUUUUAGCCGCCCCGCCAAGGAUCCCCACUAUCGCAUGUUAAGGAUAAGCAUGGAAAAUUAUAAAAAUGGCAGCUUAACCACGGGGAGUCAAAAUGGGUACUUUCAAGUGCGCCACAUCCACUGUAGCGAUGGCGUUGUUGAGCAGCACAUCGGUGAAAAAAAAAACAACCCAGUGCUGCUCCUCAGUUGCGUUAAAAUCUGCAAAAUUUGCGGAGACCACCACGUGAGAAGUGUAAUACAUGGAAAGGGUAGCGAGGAUAUAGGGGGCAACCUGAUCGGUAACCCGGGUGAUACCCACAAUGCGCAGUUAAGGCAAAGCAACCAUUUCAGCGGGGUUACAAAAAAUAAAAAAUUGCAUAAAAGGAAUUACUCAUCGAAUAAGGUACGUGCUAUGGAGAAGAGCAUCGACGUGGAUCCAGCGAACGUCAAAGAGUUAUAG